AUUCAAUUUCGAAUUGUGAUCCGCCGCCUGUGGCUGUGCUGGUCUCUUCGCCCCCUUUGCCACACAACCGUCUAACAAGCGCUUCGGAUCCUCUUAACUUCAGAGACUACAGAGACAAUGGCCAGCAAGGGAACGUCGUUGUGGCGCAUGGCGGGUGUGUCGUACCUGCAGUACGUGAACAAGUCGGCGGGUGUGCUUCGUGCUGCCCUCAAGGAGCCUGUCAAGAGCACCGUCGAGGCCCGUUCCAAGGUUGAGUUCGCUGGCUUCAAGUGGGCCAACGGCGACCGUGGCGAGCGCGUGGACAUCGACUCGAUCAAGACGAUCGCUGAGGCAUUCAAGAAGGCGUAAGAUGCUGCUGUCUAUAGCAGUUGAGAACGUUAGCUUCAAGAUUUCCAAGAAAAACAGAGCGUCAAUGGAGUGAGAAGAUGAAGGGGGCGGGCUACCUCUAUGUGUCUCUUAGUGGAUCAAUGGUGAAGUUUUCAUCCUUCUCUUCUUGCUUCUUGACAGAUAACUAAAUGCUUUGAAAGGCUCUUGUAGCCCGAUAUGUUUCGGACGCCCCCAUGGUCGUUGUUUCUUCAUUAAAUGGAUGUGUAUUUAGAUUAACUUAGGCAAUAUGCAUGGAUGAGAUGCAGACAGUGGCGAGACACGAGCGAAUCUGCUGAAACGACACAACAAAUGGCACGGAUAGUCUGCAACGUCGACGAGUUAAUGAAGAUAAGCGUCUCCGUCCAUCACGCGGAGAUAAGACGCACGCGCAUACUUGUGGCGUCUGUACGAGUCCUUGGCGUACUGGUAUCCUAGCACUGGCGGCAGCACUACAACAGCAAGUCCUGCUCCGGCAACAGCCACGACUGC